AUGUGCGAGCAGGACGCGAAGGCGGAUGCCAAGGCAGUAUCCGCGUGGCAGUGGUGGCAGAUCGCCACGUGGUACACCAUGAAGCGGGGCAGCCAGACGGUGUCCGUGUCGUCGCAGGUCCAGUUCCGCAAGCGAGUAUUCGACAAGUAUUCGCUUGGGAAAGUGAUUAAAGACGACUUGGGAGGCGUCUGGCAAAUAAUCGACCAGCAAUUGCGCAUGCGGGCCCUUCCCAUCGACAGCUCAGCGCAAUACCUCGUGCUGACGAGUGCUGACGUGGCGCUGGGCGACCGCGAGAAGGGGUUUUGCGGGCGGUCGGGGUACUGUGGGUUCCACUCGUUUGCCACGGAUGGCGUGAGCUACAUCAAAUAUGGCUUUGUGGGGAACGGCGAGAAGUGCGGCACGCGGUGCAUGCGCACAGGAGGCAGCAAGAAAACGCCCAACGGCAAGCGGGGAGUGGACGGCAUGAUCAGCAUUGUGGGGCACGAAAUGGUGGAGACGGCCAGCAACCCGCGCAUAGAGGGGGGGUGGUACGACGCACUGGGAGCAGAGAGCAGCGACAAGUGCAUGACUGAUUUCGGGCCCUCGGUGACAGUGGGGGGGAAUGGGUACAGCUACAACAUGGUGGGGCAAGGGGGCAUGCAGUGGCUGGUGGAGAGUAACUGGCGACCCGUGGAGCCACAGGGUUGCGCCAUGGCGCGCUACAGCAUGGUGGGGCAGGGCGGCAUGCAGUGGCUGGUCGAGAGUACUGGCAACCUGUGGAACCACAGGGGUGCGCCAUGGCACGGUACUGAGGGGUUGGAUGCGGUGCUGAUGUGGUGCCUCAUGGGUGCUGAUGGGGCACAGGUACAGCUACAACAUGGUGGGGCAGGGCGGCAUGCAAUGGCUGGUGGAGAGUAA